AUGAAAGAAUGGAUCACUUGUAACAGUAAUGAUCAAGGCUUUCAGAUUAUGUCGGAUGAAGAAAUCGUAGAAAACAUAUUGCAGAUAAAUGAACAGCAGGAAAUGCAAGAAGAUGAAACAGAAGAAAAUAUAGACAAGGAAAAUGAUGCAGGAACAUCUCAUGAUGAAGCACUUCAGGCCCUAAAAACGGCUCUCAAGUGGUUUGAAAAACAAACAGAGAGUGAUACUGUGAGUUUACUACAGCUCAAACGAAUUCGUGAUAUAGCAGCAAUAAAGAGAAAAAGUGGCUUACGUCAAAUGACAAUUACCAAAUAUUUUAAACGAAAUUAA